UGAACCUUAUUUUACUAACUAAUGACAAACAGUAGAUAAACAUGUGUUGACUGUUUUGAUUCAUUCAUUGACUGAACAACUGAUCCAUUGGUGACAAUGUUUCCGUCGUCAACACAAAACAAGUAUUGGAUGUAUUCAUCACAAGAAGAGUUAAAUCAAUUGAGAACUGAAGCGAAUCAGCGAUUUAUAGCUCUUAAAGAAACUCAAGUAAAUAAUGAUGUAUAUAAUCACUACUUGAGUCCCGAAGAGGAGUCGAUUCUGACCAAACACUAUGAAAAGAUUUUGCGUGACUUUUGCCGCAAAUUUUCGCCUCCGAUGCCGAAGUCUGUUGUCGGUACGGCAUUUCAGUAUUUUAAGCGUUUUUAUCUCAACAACUCAGUGAUGGACUUUCACCCGAAGCACAUGCUGGUCACGUGUGUGUAUUUGGCCGCAAAAGUGGACGAAUUUAAUGUAUCGAUGACUCAGUUUGUGGCCAACGUUAAUGGCGACCGCGUGAAGGCCGCAGAUAUUGUGCUGAACAAUGAGUUACUACUUAUGCAACAAUUGAGAUAUCACUUGAAUGUCUACAAUCCUUUGCGUCCAAUCGAGGGAUUUCUUAUUGAUCUUAAAACCCGUUAUGGCCAACAUUGUGAUCCCGAAAUGUUUAGACCACAUAUUGACUACUUUAUAGACUCAUCUCUUUCAACGGACGCGUGCUUUUUGUUUAGUCCGUCACAGAUAGCAUUAUCAGCUAUUGUUUACGCUGCCAGCAAAUUCAAUGUCAAUUUGGAUGAUUAUUUAACUAAUCUAUUAUUUGUGGACCGAAUUAAUGAAAUACAACAUUUACAAAAAGUGAUGAGCACUUUGUGGUCAUUGAUUAAUUCAGUGUCGGUGCCCAACAAAGAUCAGGUAAAGUUUAUCGAGAAAAAGUUGGAUCGAUGUAGAAAUCAAACCAAUAAUCCAGACUCUAAUGAAUAUAAAAGAGCUUUGGAUGAAGAAGUCGAUGAGGAAGCGGUUCCAUAUGAAAAAUACGCCAAGAUUUAUGAGGAACAAGAAAAAAGUGAUCAAAAACUUAUUGAAACCACUGGAAUGUCAACUCGUCGUUUAAAAUAAUUUUAAAAUGAUAUCACAUUUUUAAUUAUACAUUUAUAAUAAAUUA